AUGGAGGGGCCCGCCCGGGAGGCACGGCCCGAGGACGGCGCGGGCCCGGCCGCCGGCAGAGAGGACCUCAGCAGCCGGAUUAAAGAACAAAAGAUUGUUGUGGAUGAACUUUCUAACCUGAAGAAGAACAGGUAUACAGGCAGCAACAGAACAGCAACAUAUUCUUUCUUGCCGAUCGAACAGAAAUGCUUUCUGAAAGCAAAAAUCUAUUGGAUGAGCUGA